AGCAAGGCAACAAACAAAAAUGGAGAAGAUAGAUUGCGUAUCACACGGUUAAAGAUACUAUUAGCUACAUAUUUAGCUAUCACAGCAGAUUAAGUAUCGAACGAACCGUUUAUAAGUGCAUCGUGAUGUGAUCUGCGACGAAAUCACUUUAAUAAGAUUUAUUUAGGUACACAUCUUUAAUUGUGCGGUUGUUUUACAGUGAGCGAAUUAGUAAACAACCCGUCCUGUGGUAGCUAAAUAACAGGAUCCCAGCAGCUAGCAAACCAGCUAGCGACUUUGGGGAACAGACAUGGACAAGGCUGACUUCCUGAAAGGACUCCCUGUAUACAACAAAAGCAACUUCAGCAGGUUUCAUGCUGACUCCGUUUGUAAAGCAUCGAACCGACGGCCAUCCGUGUACCUUCCUACGCGGGAGUAUCCGUCUGAACAGAUCAUCGUGACCGAGAAGACGAAUAUUCUGCUGAGGUACCUUCACCAGCAGUGGGACAAAAAGAAUGCAGCUAAGAAGCGUGAGCAGGAAGUAUCCGAGGUGGAGAACAUGGCUGCUCCUCCCAGGAAGAUGGCGAGGACAGACAGGGAGCUCAACGAGGACUUCUAGAACCAGACUGACUGAGGGACACAACCACACACACACACACUCACAAAUACACACAGACACACGUUUACACACACAUCUAUACACAUACUCCCAAGCCUAAGCAAGCACACAGCCACACACUCACUACAAUUAUGCUUGAUUACAUGACCACACACACACACACACACACACACACACACACUAGCAACAAGCCGAGUGAUAAAGGAGCAGAGAGCAGGACUGUGGCCUGACCACCAUCAUCCAAGCUGCUGUGAGAGACAAACCACCUUGUCUGGGUUCAUCUGGGCAACAUCCUCCUCCUCCACGCCUCCAUCCUCUUCUGUCCAUCCCCUCUGAUUAGUGUAUUCAUCUGCCCUGGUGAAAAGACCCAGGCAGCAAUCUACCUCCUCACCCCCUACCAUCUCCUUCCACAGGGACUAAUUUCGUAGAGCUCAUUAUGUGAUUGUUAUUAUUUUUUAGUUUACUUGUACAGUUGUGUACAUCCUCGUCUGCUUGUUUUAAGUGUUGUGUUAUUAUGGUCUGUCUGUCAUCAUGUGGUGCUUGAUCAGUCCUGCUCCUGGUUGUGGUGACUGGAGGAUCGCCUCUACCACUAGGUGGCGGCGUAGACUUAAAAGUGUUUAAUGUCAGAGCUGUGUGUGUUGUACAGAGACACAGUCCACCUGCAGUCCUGUAUGGCUCAGGGGACUACCCGGUUUGAACCCUGAGCUGAGAAUGUGUCUUUGAAUGAGUAUUUGUGAGGAAGCCUUGAGGGGUGUGUUCAGAGAGUGUGUGUGUGUGUGUGAUGAGUUGCCUUAAUGGAAAUGUGUUCCAUGAUCAUGUGAUUCCCCCCCCCCUCCUCAUGGUUUACACGGUAACAAUCUAGGAAUCAGGAAGUACAGAUGUUUUGGAGGCCGUUGAUUGGUUGAAAUGUAAAUUAAAUGCUUCCACGUGGAUCACAUGACGGGAUUCACAUGCAAACCCUCUCGCUGUACUGAGCUAAUGGGAUUCUGGAGCAAUACUAACACACUACAAUAGUGAAGUGAGAUUUGCAGUUUGUUUUUUUGGUGUUCAGCACAUCUCUGCCAGAUGCUCCCGUUUGAAACUUUAGAUCCGAGUGAUGUUCGUUUAUAGCAACUUGGCUCAUCAGCACCAGUUUAAGAUCCACCGUGAAUCUUGUGAUUUAGAGAUUUCCAAGACGGGGACUGUCAUGACAUGGAUGUCAAGUUUUGGGAGGAAAGUGCCAUUCAGGUUUUUUGAAGCUUGGUCUAGUUCAGCCACCGUAGUGGGCCCAGUGUUUGACCCCCCUCCCCCUGUUCCCCUAUGCUGCUAUGUAUAAAGACUUGCAGUGGGUGUGGCUUUGACAACCCUGUCACCAUGUGUAUGUAUAGCUCUCAGAACCGAAACAGGAAGUGGAACCGAGUACUUCCUGGGUCACUUCCUGGGUCACCCAUGUGCAUGUAGCCUCUAAACUCCUCAGACCAGAGAGGUCUGAGAUGGUGGUAGGUUGUCUAUUAUGGGAUGGCUGUUGAGCACCUAGUUACCCCAGCCGUCCGCAUAUACAGUUUAAUGUUGUGUGUUUUCACAUGUAGCCUAUUGGGUUAUUUUUUUAUAUAACUUGUUUAGAUUUGGAUGCACUUGGUCCUCCCUGUCCUGUAGAUGCAGAUUCUGGAGCAGAGUAGGAACUGUGUGAUCUGUGUGCGAAUGCUUCUGUGGACAAUAUGAUCCACCUGUUAAAUCGUUCUGAUUUUAGUGGGUGGAAAAAAGUCAAGCGAUAUCUACCCAGUUUAAUUCUGUUAUUUUGGGAUAUUUUAUGACAAUUUUAUGUCAGUGGAAGAAUAUUGAUAACAGAGCAUUGGAGAAAACAAGUGUUUAUUUUUUAUUUUGUUUCAUGUCAAAUGAAAGUAUAUUUAAUGAAGACUUCUUCCAUUUUGGCUUUGAAAACUUUGCAUCCAUGUUCUCAAUAAAGUAAAUCUUGUUGUUUUAUGGUC